AUGUCGUCCAAGAAGAUCAUCACUGUUUUGGGUGCGACUGGCAACCAAGGAGGUUCUGUCAUCGCAGCUCUUCUGGCUCACCCUGAGAUUGCCUCUCAGUACUCGAUCCGCGGUGUCACUCGCGACACUGCGAAGCCCUCUGCCAAGAAACUCAUAUCUGAUGGCGUAGAGCCCAUCAAGGCCGAUCUCAACGAUCCUUCAUCUCUGAAAGCUGCGUUCGAUGGUGCGUUCGCUGUCUUCGCCGUCACCAACUACUGGGAGACAAUGUCCAAGUCGACCGAAAUCACACAGGGGAAGAACAUUGUGGAUGCCGCCAUUGCCACCGGGGUCAAACAUCUUAUCAUCUCCUCGCUUCCCGACGUCACUGCCCUGACAAACGGCGCUCUUCCCAAUGUCGAGCAUUUUGACUCCAAAGCUGAAGUCUCCGAGUACGCAGAGGCCCAGAAGUCCAAGACAGGAAUGUGGGUCACUCACUUCAUGCCUGGAUACUUUAUGCAAAACCUCAAGAGCACUAUCAACAAGGACCCACAGACAGGUGCUUCCAUCAUGACCAUCCCCUGGGACGAGACUAGCACCCAAGUCCCGCUCAUCGACAUCGUUUCCGACGCUGGAAAAUACGUCGCUGGUGCCUUGGUUCUCGGAUCUGCUGCCGAUGGUGCUAGGAUCCAAGGCGUUUCGCAAUGGGCGACUCCUGCCGAUGUGGUCAGUACCAUAUCUACGAUCACGGGCACCAAAGUCACCUUUGUGGAGGUACCCAAGGAUGUAUGGGAGGGGUAUUUGCCGCUUCCACCUCACGCAAAGACGGAGCUUGGCGAGAACAUGAUCUUGAUCAAGGACUACAGCUACUUUGGGAAGGACGCUCCUGCUAAGCAGCAAGAGCAUAAUUUGUACAUUGAGGCUAUACCUGGUCAGAAGUUGACUAGCUUGGAGGAUUUUGUUAAGAAGAGCUUCUAA